AAAGAAAGAUCUUCAUCUGAUGGCUUCUACUGAUGAAUCUUGCCAGAUUUUGCCAGGCUGUUUCUUAAACCACAGACAACACAGGGUCAUCUCCACAUCACAUCAAGCAUCAGAGGAUUAUCUGAGUGCUCCUAUCCUGAGUCUAUGAAGGCCUCAAGGCUGGCUGAGUAGCUGGCUACCUACUUGGUGUCCAACUUCGAUGUCUCAGCUGAAGAAUGUGGAAGCCAGGAUCCUACAAUGUCUCCAGAACAAGUUCUUGGCCCGCUAUGUGUCCCUCCCAAAUCAUAACAAGAUCUGGACUGUCACAGUGAGCCCAGAGUUGGAGGACCGCACGCCCCUGGUGAUGGUGCAUGGCUUUGGGGGUGGCGUGGGUCUCUGGAUCUUAAACAUGGAUUCACUGAGUACCCGGCGUACAGUGCACACCUUCGACCUGCUGGGCUUUGGGAGAAGCUCAAGGCCAAUAUUUCCCCGUGAUGCCCAAGGUGCUGAGGAUGAGUUUGUGGCCUCUAUAGAGACCUGGCGGGAGACCAUGGGGAUCCCCAACAUGAUUCUACUGGGGCACAGCUUAGGAGGAUUCCUCGCCACAUCUUACUCUAUCAAGUAUCCUGAAAGAGUCAGACAUCUCAUCUUGGUGGACCCGUGGGGUUUCCCCCUUCGACCAACUGACCCCAGUGAAAUCCGAACACCCCCAACCUGGGUCAAAGCUGUUGUCUCUGUCCUGGGGCGUUCCAAUCCUUUAGCUGUCUUAAGGGUGGCUGGACCCUGGGGGCCUGGCCUAGUACAGCGAUUUCGUCCUGAUUUUAAGCGAAAAUUUGCUGAUUUCUUUGAUGAUGACACAAUUUCAGAGUAUAUCUACCACUGUAAUGCCCAGAAUCCCAGUGGUGAGACAGCAUUCAAGGCUAUGAUGGAGUCCUUUGGCUGGGCCCGGCGCCCCAUGCUGGAGCGAAUCCACCUAGUUCGGAAAGAUGUGCCUAUCACCAUGAUCUAUGGAGCCAACACCUGGAUAGAUACCAGUACUGGAGAGAAAGUAAAACUUAGGAGGCCGGGCUCCUAUGUCCGAGAUGUGGCUAUUGAGGAUGCUUCACACCACGUCUAUGCAGACCAACCACACGUCUUCAAUUCCGUGGUAGAAGAGAUCUGUGAGUCAGUCGACUGAGCUGCCAUUCUCAGGAAGGAAAAAAGAGCACAGAGGCUCAUCUCCCUCUCUGCUUUCCUCUCUCCUUACCCUCACCAACUAAUAUGUCACCUGGGCAGAGUCACAUAUUCUUCAUAGGGGUGGGGCAGGACAAUGGGGAUGGAACAGCCCCACCUGUCCACAUCCUGGAGAUGAGAGGCAGUAGUGGCCUGGAGCUCCCUACCCUAGGGUUUUCCAUAAAGGAUCCUAGAUCCCAUCCCAUUCUCUCAUGCCAAAGUGUUAACAAUGAGUUGGUUUUAAAUGUUGCAUAAACCUAGAGAUCUUUUCAUGUAUUCUACUCUCCCUGUACAUAAUGUGCCAAAGGGUAGGGGUUACCUCUUUUCAUCUACAACAGAGCAAAUAGAACUAUCAGGCCUUUCCCAAAUUGGGAAGAUUGGGGAUUUCCCAUGACUAUUGCUGGGAAUAGGCCCUUUGUGGAAACAUCUCCUUUUCUUAUAUUUUCCUACCUUUUUUCUCUGGGCCAGAUCCCUGUAGCACAGACCUACUUUCAUUACUUUGAACCUAUCUUGAGUCCUGAAAUCCUUAUUCCUUUGGGUUCCUUAAAUAAGUGACUUAUUUGAGGGCAUAAGGUUAGUCAGUGGCAGAGCAGGGACUAGGUCCUGGGUCUCCUGGGACUUCCAAUGUCUCCUCUAUGUGACGCUGAAUCUCCAAAUUUUGUAUUCUUGGAGAAUGAAGCUAGCCUAGCUGCCAUAUAUAGAGACAUAUCCAGGUUAUUAACUCCAGAACUGUCUGCCCAUUCAUGUCUCAAUGUUCCAUUCCCACCUUUGAUGGGCAGCAGUCUCCUUCCUGGUUCCACCUCAACUUGGGCUGGCAUUAAACCACAGACUAAGCCCAGAGUUAUGCUGCCCCAUCCUGACCAUUUACUAGGAGGCUUUAAGAGUCUCCUCCUGUGCCUUGGGCAUUGAAGCCCCUCAUGGAUUAAGAGUCAUCCCUGGUAGGGAGAUGAGGGCAUUGACUUCAACCCCUCUCCCGUUGUUGGACUCCUCUAGUAUUAACAAAAUCUUGUUACCAGCUAUCAGCCCCAACCCAAAGCCCCUGGUCCUAUUGGGGAACCUCAUGCCAACAUAUCUUCAGUGGAGAGAUUGCUCUCAUUGUGUGACCCUCAAUCUCAGCCCUUUGUCAUUGUUGCCAGUUUAGUCCUGCUACUGGUCUAUCAACUUCCCAUGUCUCAAUGGGGCAUUGCUAUAGGUUCUACCUUGGGAUACCAGAAAGUUUCAUUGAGACUAGCCACUUAAUGCAGAGCAUCUUCCAUCUACCCCUCUUUACUCAUUUUAUUUUUUAAACCAGAUAUUUCAACAGUAUUUGUACCCGGUGCUUUGUACUAGCCCAUACACCUUGGGACCUUUUUCUAUAUUAAUAAAGAAAUGAG